AUGUGCUUUACUUUGUUUGAUACAGGUUCAAUGGCUUCAGAUAAAGAUGCUCCACCUGCAAACUCACAAGAAAACUCACAAGAAAGAGAUGCUCCGGAUACAAAUGCUCCACCUGAUACUGAAGCAAAAGAAGUUGCACGAGGCAUCACGAUUAUGAAGGGAAUCAUACGACAUAGAGACCAAGGAUUAGUAUACCCUUUGGAAUGGAAUUCUGAAAACCAACCAAUUGGUCCUAAUUCUGCAAAGUUGACAAGUUACAUUGGUACACUUGUUCGUAUGCAUAUUCCAAUCUCCGUAGCUAAAUGGAAUAUGAAGAGUGACGACUUGGAUAAUAAAAAAAAGGCGAUUUGGGAAGAGCUUCAGAGGACCUUUGACAUACCAGAUGAGCGUAAAAAGUACAUACUUAGUUUGGCCGGAAAAAGAUAUAGAGGGUGGAAAGCUUUUUUGACAAAUAACUAUCUUAAGGAUAAAGAUGGAAACUUUCUUGAAGAGGCGCCGGGAAGACCACUAAAGUAUAAGAUCUUCAUUGAUGAAGAAGAUUGGGUUAAGUUUGUAAAUCAAAGAGAUGAAGCUUUUCGGAAAAGGAGUGUCACAAAUAGCGCGAGAGCAUCAAAACCCGCAUAUCCAUACAAAAAAGGGCGUAUGGGAUAUGCACGCUUGGAGGAUAAAAUUUUGGAGGAGUCUAAAAGUGAGGAAACCUCACUUCCUGUACAUGUGUUGUGGAGGGAAGCUCGGGUGGGCAAGAAUCAAGCCGUCGAUCCCGAAGUUCAGAGAGUGUAUACUGAAUGUGAGACCUUGUCGCAAUCGGUGUCCACCGGUGAGGAUCAUGAUGAUAGGAGCGUACUUAGUAGAGCCCUACAUUCUCCUGAGGCAUUUCUUCUUGCCAACUAUUCUUAUCGGCACCGUGUUAUCGCCUAG